AUGAAAACAGUUGUUAAGGACCUUGAUACUGAUGGUGAGAGGUUUGUGUUUAUAUUCACGGAAUUCACCAAGCGUAGGGCUAUUAAGUGUUACAAUGAAAGCGAAAGAUUUCGACACGUGUUUGAGCAACUACAUUUCAAAGUAGAUGGCCUGGACUACAAUUGGGACGCCAAGGAAAUUGAACAAAAUUUAACUGAGAAAGCUAAAAAAGUUCCUCUAAAUAGCGAUGCAUUUACCUUGUCAGUGGACAAAACUUGGAUCGACGAUAAUCGAGAUACUUUUAUUGGCUACUCGUGCGCACAAGGGUAUGAGACCUUGACACAAUACGGGAUAUCACGUUUUGGACUUAGUCUCACUCACAUGAUUGCUAAAUACGCUUGCGAAGAACCAUUAACUAACAUAAUGACCAGGACGUGUAAUUACAUGCAAACUUACUUUGAUGAAUCUGGCUGUUAUGCCCCGGCAACGACUCAAUGGAUCGGGGUGAUCUCAUCUUCGUUCGAAUCUAUCGGUGCAAGCGAAUAA